GGGUAAGGAUAAUUGCAAUUUGCUUACAAGCCUUGUGGGUUUCCAAUUUCAUGGACGGAAGGGUUACUGUUGGAACAUCGAAAUCAACUAUCUGGUGAGCCAUUUUGGUACCAUCUGAUUGUAAAGGACUUUGAAUAUCAUGGAUGGGGGUGAUGGUGGUAGUGGUUUCACGUGCAACAUUUGCUUUGAAUCUGCUGAUAAAGAUCCAAUUGUAACACCGUGUGGUCACCUUUACUGCAAGUCUUGUAUAUAUACUUGGCUUCGUAACCCAAGACAUGAUUCCAAGAGGUGCCCUUGCCCGGUUUGUAAUGCCAAUAUACAGGAGAACAGACUGAUUCCUCUGUAUGGAAUAGGGAAAUCACAGGAUUUGCAUCAAAAUUCUAGGUCUGUACCUGUAGACAGUGUUGAGAGUCUGGAAAGGCAAGCUGGUCAAAAGUCUGCCACUCCUCCGGCUCCAAAUAGGCCAACUCCUUCAGCUCUGGAGUGGCCAUCUGAUCCAAGACCCACUCCUUCGGCUCCCGAAUGGCCGACUGAUCCAAGUCCUGCCACUCCUUCAGCUCCAAACUGUCCUACUGAUCACACACUUGCCACUUCUUCAACUGCCAAUGUUAUUCUGAACCAAGUUUGUAGGCUGUUAAUACGUGUGGGACAGUACAUGCUAGUGAGGAUAAUAGAAGUUGCCACAGAUAAGCUCAUUGAAGCUGUGGAAACGAAACUCAAUGAGUUGAAUGAGGCAGUAGAAGAGAGAAACAAUGUUAAUGGAGAAGGAAGUGGAAAUGAUACUGGAUCAAGUGACGAGGUUGAAGUGAUGGAUAGCAAUGGAGAAGGAAGCCAUCUGGGACCCUGGGUUGUGCUGGACCAAACUUAGGGCUUCAGAAGUUUCAUCGAGGGAAAACAUUGGAAGAGACCUUGUUGUUGCUCUCUAGCUGUUUUGAGUUUGAUAGUGAUUCUGAACCUUUGUUAAAUUAUUAGGUUGCUUAGCUUAUCAUUGUAACAAGUUUACACUGUACGUAGGAUGAUUACCUUGUGUCCCGCGUUAAGUUUCAUAUGAAUUUAUUGGAUUUCGAUACU